AUGAUGGCAGUCCUAAAUGACAGUACCCCCUUGAACUCAACCUUAUUUCCUUGUACGACCAAAAACAUUGAAAACCAGAAUUGCACUGAUUGGCCUAAGGUGCCUAUGAUCACAAUCAUCCCCACUAUCUACAGCAUUAUUUGCGUUCUGGGCAUCAUUGCCAACACUCUGGCCGUGUGUGUAUUGGCCCACACUAGCACCUCAAGGAGAACUGUCGCCAACACUUUCAUGCUUAAUCUUUGUGUAUCGGACCUUCUAUUCCUGCUGUCUCUUCCACUGUGGGCUGUGUACUAUUCACAAGGCUACAACUGGCCGUUUGGACAAUUGGUGUGCAAGAUCUCCGGGAGUCUCCAUAAUCUUAACCUUUACGCGUCCAUAUUCUUCAUCACUUGCAUGAGCAUGGACCGAUACCUCGCUUUGGUGCAUCCACUGCGCUCUCAGAGUGUUCGAGACCCGAAACGGGCCAAGCUCAUUUGCAUCCUAGUGUGGAUUCUGGCGUUUGCUUGCACGGCGCCAACUAUGGCACUGAGGACCACUCACUACAUCAAGGAGUAUGAUGUGGAAGCCUGUGCGAUUAUCUAUCCAGAUCACGUCUGGUAUCAGACCCUGGCCUGGAUGAAAGUACUUCUAGGCUUUUUGCUGCCGAUGAUCAUCAUCUCUUGUUGUUAUUGUGCAAUUGGCCGACACUUCCUGGCUGGUUCUGGACUCGUACGUCAGCGGAAGGGAGCAUGCUCAAGCAGUACAUUUAAAUCUUCAGGAUCACAGGACAGCUGCAGUAAACCAGAGAGACCCCCGACCCCAUGUGUGAACCCCAGCUCAAGCGGAGGCAGACCCAAGGAGGGGAGAGGACUGGAAAGAGUCUUGUGGACUGUGGCUGCUGUUGUCUUGGCUUUCUUCUUUUGCUGGUUCCCAUUCCAUUGUGUGACAUUUAUAGACAUACUGCAGAGUAAUGGCUGGCUGGGCAGCUGCUGGGCAAAUUGGACCAUCAGAAACCUCACACCCCUCACCCUCUGUUUGGGCUUCUCUAACUCUGCCAUUAACCCGGUGCUGUACUGUUUCAUUGGAAAUCAUUUCCGGGGUCGACUAGGCGCCCUUAGUAAGGGUCUGUGUGCACGUUUGAAGGCUCCUGAUGAGGAUAACAGUCAAAAGAGGGGCUCCUUCAGCACUAGGCUCAGUUCUUUCUCCCGAAAGCUUAGUGACUUGAAAGAUCUGGCAAUUGUUGAAGCAUCUGCCCAUACUUAA